UCUUGCUGCUCCUGCUGCUCCUCACCUCUUUCGGCUGCAUCCUCCUCCUGCUGCAGUGGCCCCGCCGCCGUUACGGCCGCAGAAUCCCCGCGCCCGACUGACAGAUACAAGCAAGAGGGUAAAGACAACGGUCCUUAUUCUGUUAAAAUGAAAUGUGAUUUUAACUGUAACCAUGUUAAUUCUGGGCCUCCAUUUGCAAAGCCUGAGAUUGGCAAAAAACUGGAAUCUGGUACUCCUGAAUAUUUGGAAGAUUUUUGUAAAGAAUGUGUUAAAGACGAUAAAAAUCUAUCCUUUACUGGACCUCAGAAUGUGAGCCCUAGGGUUGUAGAACUGAAAACUGAAAAUGGGCCAGUGCACAACAAGGAAAACCAAGCACUGCAGAGGCUCAAUGUUUCAAGUGAAUCAGAAGAAUUGGAGAGCAGUAGACUUUAUGAGGACAGUGGUUACUCUUCAUUCUCUCAUCAAAGCAGUCCUGGUGAACAGGAAUAUAACAGCCUUCUGUUGUCUCGGAAUUUCAUUGUCAGCCCCAAACCCUGCCUUCUACAGAACCAAAGCACAGAACAGUUUCCAAAUAAAACCUUGUUGCCAAUCCUUCAUUUUGAGGAAGUGGUUUGUUCAACUUUGAAAAAGAAUACCAAAAGAAAUCCUAAAGUAGAUUGGGAAACAGUGGAAAGAAUAGUUGCCCAAGGAGAUUUUGGACUACAUAAUGUAAUUGGUAGAAAAAUGGGCUUAGAUCAACUGGAUAUUCUCAGUGAACUCUUUCAGAGGGGACUCAAACAUAUCUUAGCAAAUAUUCUAAAACGACUUAGCGAGAUGGACUUGAUCAAUGUGGCCAGAGUGAGUGCAACGUGGAAAAAGAUUCUGAAAGACAAUAAAGGAGCUUUCCACAUAUAUAGUGCAGCAAUGAAAAAAGCUACGGAAAAUACUACCAAAUUUUCAGCUCAUGCUGCAACUAGAGAAUAUGUUCUAGUCAGGGCAGCACUAGCUUCUGUCCAGAAAUCAACAGCCCAGGUUCCUAGGGUAUCCAAAAAAGGAUCUCAGUCCAGAUUAUCUGAUCAAGGAAUUUCUACAUAUAGCCGACAUAAUGAGUUUUCUGAGGUUGCCAAGACCUUGAAAAAGAACGAAAGCCUAAGAGCCUGUAUCCACUGCAACUCACCUGCAAAAUACGACCCCUUUUUGCAGAGGGCAACUUGCAACCGAGAAAGCUGUGGCUUUGAUUUUUGUACAAAAUGUUUAUGCAACUAUCAUAUCACCAAAGACUGUUCGAAUGAAAAACCCCUAAAAGCAAACUCCACAGUGGGACCUCUUGCUGGUAGUAAAAAGAGCAAAAAGAAUUUGCGGCGGUUAUGA